GAGCCGGGCCGAGCCGAGCCGAGCCGAGCCGGACCGGGGGUAGAGCGGGGCCCGCAGGCGGGCAGAGAUGGCGUCGCAGCCGCCGCCGAAGCCAUGGGAGAGCCGGCGGCUGGCGGGAGGCGUGGCGCCGGCCUUCCAGUCUGCUGACUUGGGUGAUAACCUGCUGACCAGACCUGGACCACCCACAGUUGCCCGAAUACCUCCACCUAUUUUGCCAAGACCAUCACAGCAAACGGGCAGCAGUAGUCUGAACACUUUCAGGCCAGCAUAUAGUAGUUCUUUUUCUCCAGGCUAUGGUUCAUAUGGAACCUCUUUUUAUGGAAGCUAUAGUCCUUACAGUUAUGGAUAUGGUGGUUUGGGUUAUAACCGCUUUCGUGCAGAUGAUAUUCCUCCCAGCAGGUUUGUUCAGCAGGCUGAAGAAAGCAGCAGAGGUGCAUUUCAGUCCAUUGAAAGUAUUGUGCAUGCCUUUGCCUCGGUCAGCAUGAUGAUGGAUGCUACCUUUUCAGCUGUAUACAACAGUUUCAGAGCUGUGUUGGAUGUAGCCAAUCACUUCUCUCGCCUCAAAGUACACUUCACAAAGGUCUUUUCAGCUUUUGCUUUAGUGAGAACUAUAAAGUAUCUCUACCAACGCCUUCAGAGAUUACUAGGUCUGCGGAAGAGCUCUGAGAAUGAGGAUCUGUGGGCUGAAAGUGAGGGGACUGUGGCUCGUGUUGGCCUUGAAGACAAGGCGGCUAACUCUGCAAAAUCCUGGCCUAUUUUCUUGUUCUUUGCGGUUAUAAUGGGAGGUCCCUAUCUCAUUUGGAAACUGCUUUCUACUUACAGUGAUGAAGAAACAGUAUCUAGUAAUUGGGCGAGCGGAGAAGAUGACCAUGUAGUUGGAAGAGCAGAAUAUGACUUCAGUGCUCUCUCAGAAGAAGAAAUUUCUUUCCGUGCUGGUGACAUGCUAAAAUUAGCGCCCAAAGAACAACAACCCAAAAUCCGUGGCUGGCUUUUGGCUAGUUACGAUGGCCAAACAACAGGACUUGUGCCAGCUAAUUACAUCAAAAUCCUGGGCAAAAGAAGAGGUAGGAAAACAGUGGACCUGGAAAGGAUUACAGAGCAACGGCAAGCCUUUCCCAGCACAUCAGUUAGAGGAUCCACUGCUACUGUGACUUUAGAGGAGCAGGAAGCUGCUUUUGAUUCUGUUUUUGCUGGAAGUAAUAAAGUUCCUGUUGCAUCUGACUCCACCGUGGUUAGUGGAGAGAAGCAGGAACUCUAAUGCACUUUCAUCAACAAAGCAAGUGGACUGUGCUUUAUUGAUUAAAAUGUAAGGUUUGUUGAAAAUCUAUAUUGUAGUGGAACACUGAUGGGUCUGUACCAGUUACUGCUGCUGCUGACUGGUGAAGGGGUGGAGGAAUGAUUGCUCAAAUUAGUAGUAUUUAUUUUUGACUCACCUAAGGCUGUACAUUAGUGAUUCUACCCAAACCACCUGGCAACAGCUCUUAAGAUCUUGAGACAGGGAGAAUUGAAGCAUUUAUAACAAAGCAAAUAAACAGAAAAAGAGACUUUUGGCCUGUUCUUGUGAAGGAGACAAACUGUAGGUGAAAUCUGGAGAUUAACAUUCAGUCUUUAUUGGAAUGUUAGCUUGACAAGAGGCCUCUCCAAUAGAGGUGCAAAGGGAA